GUGGCCAACACUAGCCAAUAGCUUCCAACCGUAAACACAUGAUAUCCGCAAAUUGAAAGAUAGAACCUAUAGUUUCCAAAACAAAGCAGCAAAGUGUAGAAACCAUGGAGAAUGCAAAUGGGGAAACUAGCAACAACAACAACAAUAAUGCAAGGUUAGCUAUAAUGGAAUUAGCUAACAUGAUAAGCGUACCUAUGUCCCUUAAUGCCGUUGUUAAACUCAAGGUUGCUGAUGCUAUUUGGCAAGGUGCAUCAAACAUCCCACUCUCUCCCGCUGAAAUUCUCGCGAAAAUCCGCCCCCCUGAAGGGGGCAGAGACGCUGACAACCUUCAGCGAAUUCUACGCAUGCUCACGAGCUAUGGUGUGUUCGAGGAGCACGUAGUUGAUGAUGGCUCUCAAAGAAGAUAUUCGUUGACUGAGGUGGGCAAAACCCUAGUAACGGACGAGAAUGGCCUAUCCUAUGGCUCGUACGUGCUCCAGCACCACCAGGACGCGUUAAUGAGGGCGUGGACGAUGGUUCAUGAGGCCGUCAAUGAUUCAUCGACCGAGCCAUUUGUGAAGGCAAAUGGCGAGCCAGCUUACGAUUACUACGGAAAAAACUCGGAGAUGAAUAGCCUUAUGUUAAAUGCAAUGUCUGGGGUUUCCGUGCCAUUCAUGAAAGCUAUUUUAGAGGGAUAUGAUGGAUUUCAAGGGGUGAAAACGCUUGUUGACGUUGGGGGAAGUGGUGGAGAUUGCUUGAAGAUGAUUUUAGAGAAACACUCCAGUAUUCAACUAGGAAUCAACUUUGAUUUGCCUGAGGUUGUUGAAAAAGCCCCCCAAAUUCCUCGUAUAAAGCACAUUGGUGGUGACAUGUUCAAAUACAUACCAAAGGGCGAUGCUAUUUUCAUGAAGUGGGUGAUAACAACGUGGACCGAUGAUGAAUGCGUGCAAAUAAUGAAGAGUUGCUACAAUGCUCUCCCAGAAAAGGGGAAAUUGAUUGCUUGUGAACCAGUAUUGCCUCACCAUACUAAUGAUAGCAAGAGAACUCGAGCUCUUCUUGAAGGUGACAUAUUUGUCAUGACAAUUUACCGUGCCAAAGGUAGGCACCGGACUGAGGAGGAAUACCGGCAGCUCGGCCAACUAGCCGGUUUCGCCGACUGCCGGGGUUUUUACACUGAUCACUUCUUUGCCAUUCUUGAAUUUCAAAAGUAAUGAAUGGUCACAUCACGAUAAUUUCGAGUAGCUAGGACAAACGUCCUUCUACGAUUAAGAUGUUUGAUAAAUAUUUGAAUUUGCAAUUGUAAAACAGACCAAACGCCAGUUUCAGUCUCAUAUGAGAAUGGAUAACUGGAGCAUUUUAUCUAUCGGUAUGAAGAAUCACGAGCAUAACUGAAAUUGCUAAUUGGCUAUA